AUGGACUCCCAUGGUAGCAGCAGAGUCCCGCAGCUACUCGAGAAACUUGUUGAUCAUGUUCUUGGGGAUGUUUUAAGCUUUGAUGAAAAGUCCUUUUUAUUAAAUAAGGCUUCCCGGCAUCUCGAAGGAAACACGCCAACAACAGAUUACUCUAACUUUUAUACCGUCCGUGAUGCUAUAUAUACUGAACUUCAACAUGAAAACCCCGAGACUGCAGUCAGUUUCUUGAACGCGACUGCACGAUUGUUUGAAGACCUUGAAACCCGUGCAGCAUAUCUCCGACACCCUGGCGAGGCCCUUGCUCUUCUGCAACUCAUCAAAUCUUCACAAUCAGAGACCCGACAACGCGCAGACCAUCAUCGUUCACGGUACCUUCACAAUCUUCCAGAUGCGUUCCCGGAUUCCAGCAGACGCGGUAGUCCUACGAUACACGAACGUCCACAAUACACACCAAACUCUACCACAGAAACUACAGAUCCUGAGCGAAUGUCAGCACGCGAAAUACUGUGGAAUAUACAUAAGAACCAGACACCUAGCAACCGCCAGAUUUUGCGCGAGCUGCCUUAUACGCUUCAGGGUAUCUCGUCAAGUACAUUUACAUGGGUCGAACCGCUACCGCCAGAUCCAAUGCGAGCACAGAAAACUAGCGAUGGAGAUAUGGAUAUUGAAUAUGAAGAUGACGAUGAGCAGACUACCACGGUGCUGGCGUUGCCUACGCAUCUGCCCUGGCAAAAGAUUGGACAGCUGAGCAGGCUAAUGGAACCUGCGGUGCUGUACCGAAAUAUCAAAGAAGAAUUACACCGACGUGAAAAGGCCCCCAAGACUGGAUUGGUUUUGCAAGCAUUGGAUUCUGCAAUCGAGAAUGAAUUGCGGAGCUACCUAGCAUUUGUGGGGGUUGUGGAAACCGAAGUCCGGAGGCAGGAAAUGACACUGCAGGCCCCGGAUGCCGGGGUGUCGAAAGAAGCUCGUGAGUACGGAAUUGGCGGGCGAAUGACUCUGACACGCAGCAUUGUAUUACUUCAGGAAGCAACCUUAGGGCUUCGGUUGGUGCGCAUGAUCUUGGAAGAAACCCAGGGACUUGUAGGCGGGCAGAUUUUGUCUCUUGUGCAUGCAUAUACGUACCAUGGCGAUGAAUUUGUGGCCAAGUUUGCACAGCGCCUUGUGCCCCAAGUUGCGCGAUCGUUCUUCGACAUGCUGAGCCAAUGGAUGCUUUCUGGGCAGCUGGUUGACCCUCACGAGGAGUUUUUUAUAAGGCGAACGAAUAAUAAUGCCGGGGGGAAUUCAGCAGACGAUUCCAAUCCUUGGGAUGGCACUUUUUACCUUGCCGAGGCAUAUAUACCAGAUUACAUUUCGCGCGAGGUUGCGGAACAAAUUUUUCAGAUUGGCAAAACGCUACAUUUUAUUGCCGGCGCUUGUGAUGACCGCGAGUGGGUAGAUGAGCGACGAGCUUUGGCCCGGUUGGAUCCUGGGGUUCUACAAUUGCCAGAUUCGCAGCUUCGGGAAGAAGUGUCGGAGACGUAUGAACGGGUUGUGAGUCAUCUCAACGAUCUUUUACGAAACAAGUUCCAUUUGGAUGCCCAUUUGCGUGGCUUGAAGGAUUAUUUGCUGCUAGGAAAAGGCGACUUUGUGCAAUUGCUUGUUGAAAGUGUUGCUCCAGUGCUGGAACGGCCGGCCUUGCAAUUGUUCCGACACCACCUUACGGCUACCCUGGAGACUGCAGUGCGCGGAUCGAACGCGCGACACGACCACCCCGACGUGUUGCGGGCGCUGGACGCGCGCAUGCUGGAGCUUGGGCACGGAGACAUUGGGUGGGAUGUUUUCACGCUUGAUUACAGAGUGGAAGAGCCGUUGAAUGCAGUAAUUUGGGACCACAAGUCGAUGAAGGAAUAUCUACGAGUGUUUAACUUUCUUUGGAGAAUAAAGCGUGUUUCGUUUACGUUAAAUACGACCUGGCGACAGCUCACUCUCAUGGACCGUGCUGCAACCCGAGCCCGGUAUUUGCGCCAUCCGAGCGAAACCAAUAUUGCCAACCGUAUGGUGAGUAGCAAUACAAUACCAUACAAGAGCAGUGUUUACGGGCUGUACCACCCGUUGGUGGGCGGGUUGUGGCAGGGCGUGCGAGACAUGUGCUGUGAGAUGGUCCACUUUGUGAGCGAGCUUGAGUACUAUAUUAAUUACGAGGUCGUAGAGAUGGCGUGGGGAGAGUUGACACGACGGCUGGAUACAGGCGACUUGUCUGUGGACGAGAUAGCGGCUGCACACCGAGAAUACUUGCGAACAAUCACCCACAAGGGCCUGCUGGGCGGCGGAGACUUUCUGAUGGGCGAGUUGCACUCGUUGCUCAAAAUUGUGUUGGCGUUUGGCGUCACGUGCGAAGGGCUACACGACAUGUCUGAGCGGCUGCACGCGCAGUCCCUGGCUCAGAGAGAUGGUCAAAAUAAUGGUGGUGUGGACCCUGGGAACAGCAUACUGAAGCGAAUCAAGAAGAUUGAUGCGACGCUAACAGACUUGCGUUCGCAGUUCCAGGCUAGUCUACGACGGUUGGUUCAGGCUUUGGGGAAGCAAGAAGACAGUGAGAUGCGAUUUCUUGGAGUUCGUCUGAACUUCAAUGGGUUUUACAGUUAG